AUGUUUGCUCUGUCGCGCCGCGCACUACAGCGCGCCCUCAAUACGGCGCCCAGCAUCGCUCUCGCCCGCCCUCCUCUCAGCCGGCUCGCAAUCGCCCGCCCAUCGCCACCGCGCCGGCCCAUCUCCACGUUCCACAUGGACCCAACGCCGCGCGGCAAACUGCAGCCAUACCUGGGCACACUCAAACUGAUCUCAACAGUCUCCGGGCUCGUCGUCCUGGGCAUCGGCGCCCUCUACUUGGCACUCAACCACCACCUUUCGGCAGAAUACCCGAUCUCCUCUGAAAUAACCGACCGCCAAACACGCAAGCUUCUGCGCGGCGCUGCUUUGCGCGAACAUAUAGCGCCGAGCCCACACGUUGCGUAUUUGUUUUUGCUGCGCGCGCUGGAGCUGAUUUACGCAGAGGGCAGGUUGUCUGAGGACCACCCGGCGGUGCAGGAAAUUGUCGUGCGGCUGGCGAGGGCUGCGGCGCUGAUGGGCGAGCGGGACCCGGCGGAGAAGAUGCUGUGGGCGCUGUGGGAGAAAUGCCAGGCGCAGGAGGCCAGCGGCGGUUGUGGGAAGGAGGGUGAGGAGGCGGUGUGGUGGAGGGAGCAGACUGUGCGCGUGGCCGAGGUGCUUGGCCCGUUGGUCGUGGCCAGGGACGCACGCAAGGCCGUUGACCUGUAUGGCCGCGCACUGCGUGCUGCCAAGGAGCUCGCUGAGCUGGAAGGCCUGGAUGAGCUGGAUGAGCCGGGUGAUCUGGGCACGCAUGCGGCGGAGCUGCAGAGGCGGGACAACCUGCAUGUGCGCCAGGCCUCCCUGGUGGCGUCCCUUGGCGAGGCCUUUGCGCUCAGCGGAGACACGCAGUCGGCGCAGCUUCUGCUCAAAGGGCUCUUGUCCGAGAUCCGCACACGCAAUGACACCGCUGCGGCGGCUGCUGCUUUGACGGGGAAGGUCAAGAAAAAGGCGGAUAAGUGGACGUGCCUGGAUGCUGUGGUGAUGCUGGAUUUGGCGCAGGUUGCAUUGGGCUUGGGGGAGCUCGCAGAGGCGAGGAGCUGGGCUUCGGACUCGCUGCGCGUGGCACGCAAGGACGAGGGCGUCCGGGCGUGCGACAAUUGCCAGGCGCAUCUGAUCCACCUUCUUGGCCAAAUCGCAAUGAAGAAUGGCGACGAGCAGGACGCCCUGACCAUGUACCGGCUGGCGCUGGAGUUUGCAAGGAAAACGCAGACGGGUAAUAUAGAAUCGAUAAAGUCUGAUAUUGAGAAACUAGAGCAAUAA